CAAGCGAAUGUGCGUGAGGACGCGGAUACCAGCCAGUGGCCCCAGCAGGAGCUCCUCUUGAUCACUGGGAUUUUUCCCACGGUGCGACAAAGGACGGUCCUCAUAGCAAAGAAGCUAAUUUCGGGCAGCCAUAUGCAGUCAUUACAUAAUGCCGUGCUAAAAUUGUAUUUUUAUGAAGAAGGACAGAAGUGGUCAUGUAAAUUAGGUUUCUCGGCUAUCAGUUCUAUGGAUAGAAAUGUCAGCUGUGAGGGAGAGCCGCCCAACUCCGAGCAGAUCCUUCGCAACAUCGACUUUGAAACUAGCACAUUAUAUGUGGUGCUAACAGCAAUGUCAGUGAUUGGAAGUCUAGUGUAUCUGGAAGAAGUCGUCUACAUAUUGAAGAAAAUCCCCCCAUCAUACAAAAGGAAGACUUACAUUUGGGUAACUGGAGCCCCCCCAGUAAUUUCAGCAGCGUCUUGCAUUGCUCUUUGGGUCCCUCGCUCCUCUAUGCUUACAGAAUUCACGGCUUCUAUCUACUUCACAAUCUGCAUCCACAAGUUCCUUGUGAUGAUGGUAGAGGAGUACGGGGGCGACGAUGCUUUACUCAACAGACUGCAUGGUGCGCCCAUGAGAAUCAGCACAGGCCCCUGCUGCUGCUGCUGCCUAUGUCUGCCUCCAGUUCCUAUGUCCAGGAUGACAUUAAAUAUUCUCAAAUGUGGGACUCUGCAGGCUGCCUUUCUUAGACCUGUUCUACUGUUCUUUGCCAUGGUGCUCUGGACAAAUGGAAACUAUGAACAUGGAAAGAUGAAACCAGAUGCUGCAUUCCUGUGGAUAACCAUCCUCUCCAUGGCAGCAUUUAUCCUCUCACUAUGGCCGAUAGCAAUAAUUUUUUCCAAAGCUAAGUCUUGUUUGUCUAGGCUCAACAUAGUACCCAAAUUUGCUCUGAAUCAGUGCAUUCUGAUUCUGACCCAGGCCCAAGGUGGAAUCAUCAGCCUGCUUGUUGGCACUGGGAUCAUAGCAUGUGCACCACCCUUUCCUGCCAGGGCCAGAGGAGCAUUUAUGAACCAGCAGCUGCUUGUAAUGGAGAUGUUCAUUAUCACCAUCCUGUCACGCUGCUAUUACAGACGUAAAUACGCUGACUUGAACCCUGAAGACACUGGACCAUCUGGAGAUCAGGAAACCCAGAAGGAUAUAAGGUGAACAGAAGCAAAAGCACAAGCAGCCCAAUGCUGGGGUAAAAUAGACAGCCACAGGAGGAGGCCAUGUUACAAAUAGAAAUAAAUUAUGGACACUUACUGUAAGACAAGACUUUACAUAUUAAAACAUACAACAAGUAUGGACAUUUAAUUAUUGUUGUUUAGGGAAAACAUUGUCUAUUUGUAAACUGGGCUCUGCUUUCUUUGCAGUUCUCACUUAUCAUACAGAUACUCUUCAGUUUAGAAAUUUUAGCCAGAAGUCUCAGUAUGGCAUCAUAUAUUGUAGUUCUCUAUUUCAUUAACAAAUGCAACACAUUGGUGUGAAUCCAGUAUGAAUGGAAAGGGGGCAGUAAAAAAUGAUUCACAGUAAGUGGAAAGCUGAGGACCUCUUUACACUUUUUUAUUGCAAAUUGUGUUACAGCACAUAUCAAAAACAAACCCACAUAAUCAGAUUGUUUUAGGUAUAUUACAAUAAAAAUCAGUAUGGAAUGAUCCAUGCAGUACUUCCAUAUAAAUUAUACUUUAGUGAUGCAGCAGAUUGUACUGUUGUGGUAGAAAUUUAACAACUUAUUAAAAAAAAGAAACAUCCUCUAACAGGACAAAUCAGUUAUCAGGCAGGAGAAAAGCUCUUCAUGGUAUUUUUUAAUUACUCCUCGGCAAAUACCUUAGAGGGAGCAUUCUUCAAAAGCAUUUUAUAAACUAUUGAAUUUACAUACAGUGUCAAACAAUGCAUGCAUUUUAGUCUGGUUGGUUCAUUGGUUUACACCCAAAUGAUUUAUAUAAAAUAAAAGUCUGUUAAAUUAUAUUCUGGUUCUUCUUAUACAUUUGAAUUAAGCCACCACCCUUGAAAUUUAUGUGCAUAUAACAAUUGUCCAUUCUGGUUCUUUAUAGGACCUGCUGAUUUCUUAGUCAUCUUUCAGUACAUUUUGUUGUUCACUUGACCUUUAUCUGAUAUGCCUGCAAAGGUUUCUGACAUUUAUUAACCCUUUAUGCUAUUUCUUUAAGGUGAAAACUAUCCUACCCUAAACCUAUUCUUCAACAUUCCCCACUUUGUCCCACUAAAACUGUAAGGACCAGUUUCCUACUGUAACUCUAUUCCCAAUCUGUAUAAAACGUGCGUACAGUAUACUAAAUAUGUCUCCCUCCCCUUUGGGGCUAAAAAGAAGUAAAAGAUUCAUGGCUAGCUGAAUUUGGGGACUAACAGAAAUCAGUAGAAAUCAUUUAUAUCUAAGAUAAAAUCACAGAAAUUAAUAAUCCUCUUUAAUAAAAUCCCUGUGUGCGUCCAGGUGUCCGUGUGUGUGUGUGUGUCUUCUGGUGAAGUGCGCAUGCGUGGGGCACGGUGCGAUGCGCAAUAUUACUGUCAGAGAAACUUACAGGCGUUUUACGGAAAUACAAACCAGUAUUACUGCAAGAGAAAAUUAAAGGUACACAAUACAGUGACGCAUAUUACAGCCACAUACAAGCCAGUAUUACUGUCAGAGAAAAUUAAAGGCAUAUUACCGACGCGCA